CAUUUUUUGACUUCAUAUUUAGUUUAUUCAGAUACAAGAGCUCAUGAUCGCCAUCAAGAAUUUGAAAGAAAUAUGUCACAAGAGGAACGCUUGAAAUAUCAGAAAGAAUGUGGUAUGCCAUUUACGUCAAUAUUCCUCCCGAUAAAGUUGCCAUGGAUACUGGACAAUAAUAAAGAAGUAAAGGAAGCCUUCAAUCAGGGGAGAUUACUCACAGGAACCGUGAACACGUGGAUACUUUGGACUCUGACUGGUGGUCCCAAUGGAGGUAUAUAUGCGACUGACGUCACCAAUGCUUGUCAUACAGGGUUGAUGAACAUCAAAACUCUUACAUGGGACGACAAUAUAUGCAGUGUAUUCAAAGUUCCGAAAUCAGUUCUGCCAGAAAUCCAUAGUACAUCUGAGGUUUAUGGCUACAUGAAUGACGGACCUUUUAAAGGAAUUCCUUUGUCUGGGAUGAUUGGUGACCAACUGGCAGCUACGACAGGACAGUUGUGUUUUAAGCCUGGGGAGUCAAAAUGCACAUAUGGUACUGUUGCUUCACUGAACAUCAAUACAGGAACUAAG